AUGGAACGGUUCAUCGCCUUUUAUUGGCUUCUUCAUCUUGUCAUCUUGGGCCACGCCCAUGAUUUGAUUUCCAUUCCCUUUACAGGCACCAGUCGCAAGGGAUACAAGGCGUCAUCUUGGAACAGUCAAAAACUGGAUGAUGUGGUUAAUGUGCCUUUGAGAAAUAUCGACUUGGCGUACUUGAUGAAUAUUUCUAUUGGUACUCCUCCACAGCCGUUUACCGUGUUACUGGAUACAGGCUCAUCGGCUACAUGGGUACCUAUUUACGGUUGCAAUAAAUCCUGUGGCUAUCCCCAUCACAGUCUGCAACCCACAAAUUCCAGUACGUUUGAAUCCUUAAAUCUCAGUUUUAGCAUUCGAUAUGGCGAUGGGUUUUCCAGAGGAUAUUAUGCCCAGGAUACAAUGACUGUCGAGGGAGUGCCUGUGCCUAAAGCUUACUUUGCAGUCUCAAAUUUUAAUGAUGGAGAACUGGCGACUGAUGGCGCAGAUGGUAUUCUGGGAAUAGGGCCUGAUAGCCUUAGUACUUACAACAAUCCCGAUGGAAAAACGAUUCCCACACUUGUCUCCACGAUGUAUCAGCAAGGGCUGAUCAGGCAUAAUGUAUUUUCCGUCAAAUUUGAGCCCGUCAAUUUUACGCUGGCCAGUAACCGGAUCAACGGCGCGAUCACGUUUGGUGGAGGCAAGUGCACAAAAUGUAAGCAUCAAGCAAUGGAAUCAUUGUAA